GUAAUGGGGAGAUCUCCUUGCUGUGAUGAAGUAGGGGUGAAGAAGGGUCCAUGGACACCAGAAGAAGAUGAGAAGCUUAUCGAAUAUAUAAAGAAGCAUGGCCAUGGAAGUUGGAGACAUCUUCCACGAAAUGCUGGUCUCAACCGCUGUGGAAAGAGUUGCAGGCUUCGAUGGACAAAUUAUCUACGCCCUGAUAUCAAGAGGGGGAAGUUUUCAGAGGAGGAGGAAGGGCUUAUCAUCCAUCUCCACUCGAUGCUCGGGAACAAGUGGUCUUUGAUAUCUACCAAGCUACCAGGGAGGACAGAUAAUGAGAUAAAAAAUCACUGGAACACCCACCUCAAGAAGAAACUACUCCUUAUGGGCAUUGACCCAGUCACCCAUCGUCGACGAGCCGAUCUCGAGCUUCUUGCCAACUUACCCAAUCUUCUUUCCUGCUGCAAUUCUAGCACCCGAAUGGCAAAUUCAUGGGACAGCACUCUUCAGCUUCAAGCUGAUGCUGCAAACCUUGUACAAGUGCAGAUCUUGCAGGGCCUUCUCCAAGUGCUUAUUUCUUCUUCACCAAAUUCAAAUGCUUCUCCAAAUUUGAAUAUGAACAAUCUCUUGGCCGGCUCAUCACUUGCUCCUCUUCGAAACAUUGCCGACAUCCUCCAAGCGAACCGGCAGCUUGAGGCCUUACUUAAUGGCUCCUUCGGUCUUGCUCAUGGUUCAAUUCCAUCUGCAUCGACGAUUCAAAUGCCUAACAGUUAUCAGGCUCUUCCUCUGCAGAAUCAGCCUAAGAUGAACGGCAAUGAAAACCAACAAUUACUGUUCCAUUCAAACACCCCUUCACUUGUUUCAGCCUCACCUGAAAAUACUACUUCAGUCAGUCUGAAGCAAGAACAAAUCAUUUCAAAUGAAAUUUCUGCAGCGAAUUCGGAGAGCUCAACGCCUAUUGACCCCUGGGAUGCCCUAAAUUUGAGUGAUCCUAAUGGUGCUGAUCUCGGUUGGAAGGAAAUACUUGAACAAAUAUCCUGGUAGAAUACAAUUCUGAAGGCAAGCCUUGGGAAGAAAAGAUGAAGGAAACAUCUGUGAAUAGGAAAAUUUCAUUUAAUGAAUUCAAUUAGCUGCAAUACAGAAUACAUGAUUUUGUA